AUGGAACCGGUUAAUAUCAUGAAUGUGGACAGUGAUCGAUUUAAGGAGUUCAUUGAUUCAUUCGACCAUGUCUUUUCAGACUGUGAUGGCGUAAUAUGGAGUAGAGGACCUUUACCUGGAUCAGGAGCAUUUUUCGAUCUCAUGAGGAAAUUGGGCAAAACUAUUCACUUUGUAUCGAACAAUAGUAUGAGGACUAAAGAAGAAUAUGAGCAACAGUUUCAAAGCGUCAAUAUAGAGAAUGGUUACGAAAACCUGACCGUUCCCUCGGUAGCAAUAGCCGAAUACUUGAAGUCAGUGAAUUUUAACAAAGCUGUUUAUUGUAUAACAUGUCCAGAGACGAUUUCGGUUUUGCGGUCACACGGUUUUACGUGUAAGGAUGGACCAGACAUAGUAGGAGAUAACCAUACAGUCUUCCUGCGAUACGCAGAAGACGACGACGAGAUCGGAGCCGUAGUAUUCGAUAGUGAUUUCAAAAUAAAUAUGCCGAAAAUGUAUAAAGCAAUCACUUACCUGAAGAGACCAGACGUUAUCUACUUAAGCGGUGCGACUGACAGACUGGUCCCUUUGAAACCUGGCCUUGUAACCUUGGGAACGGGAGUGUUCACGGAUUUGGUGAGCGAGUAUUCGAAACGGGAUCCAAUACAACUGGGCAAGCCUGGACGGGCGUUCGGCGAAUUCGCAAUGAAACGGGCAAAUGUCACGGAUCCUAGCCGAGUGCUUUUUAUUGGAGAUAUGAUUGAGCAGGAUAUUGGCUUGGGAAAAGCAGUAGGCUUCAAAACUCUUCUAGUCUUAACCAACAACACAAAAGAAACUUUGCUCUCACACAGCAUACGACCCGAUUUCUAUGCCGAUACAUUAGGAAGCUUAGUGCCUCUAUUGAAGAAAUUCGUCUAA